GAAACUCCUCAAAAUUUGCAGCACAAUUAAAGAAUGCUGAAUUUCUAUAACAAACAUUUUCCGAUCGUAGUAAGUGCUGCAGAAAAGAAAUAGUUUCCAUUUUCAUAAGACAUAAAGAGUGGAAAAAUAAAAUAGAAAAUGCGUGAGAUCGUUCAUAUUCAAGCUGGCCAGUGUGGCAAUCAAAUUGGAUCAAAAUUUUGGGAGGUAAUUUCCGACGAACAUUCCAUUGAUGCAACUGGGACGUAUGGAGGAGACAGUGAUUUGCAGCUGGAGCGCAUUAACGUUUACUAUAACGAAGCAUCUGGGGGAAAGUAUGUUCCACGUGCCGUUUUGGUCGAUUUGGAACCUGGAACAAUGGAUUCCGUUCGAUCGGGACCAUUCGGUCAAAUCUUUCGUCCUGACAAUUUUGUAUUCGGCCAGUCUGGUGCCGGAAAUAAUUGGGCCAAAGGACACUAUACCGAAGGCGCAGAGCUGGUCGACUCUGUAUUGGAUAUCGUACGUAAAGAAGCCGAAGGAUGCGAUUGUCUGCAAGGAUUUCAAUUAACGCAUUCACUCGGUGGAGGCACUGGAUCGGGCAUGGGUACGUUGCUCAUCUCAAAAAUCCGUGAAGAAUACCCAGACAGAAUUAUGAACACGUUUUCUGUUGUACCAUCACCAAAAGUAUCCGAUACGGUUGUCGAACCUUAUAACGCAACAUUGUCUGUGCAUCAAUUAGUAGAGAACACGGAUGAAACGUUUUGUAUCGAUAACGAGGCCCUGUACGACAUCUGCUUCCGUACGUUGAAGCUUACGACGCCAACAUAUGGUGACCUCAAUCAUUUGGUAUCGAUGACGAUGUCUGGUGUGACCACCUGUCUCCGUUUCCCCGGUCAACUGAAUGCUGAUUUACGGAAGUUGGCCGUAAAUAUGGUUCCAUUUCCACGUCUUCAUUUCUUCAUCUGCGGUUUUGCGCCACUUACAUCGCGUGGAUCUCAGCAGUAUCGCGCUCUAACUGUUCCAGAGUUGACUCAACAAAUGUUUGAUGCAAAGAACAUGAUGGCUGCGUGCGAUCCACGCCAUGGUAAAUAUCUAACUGUGGCGGCAAUCUUCCGGGGCAGAAUGUCCAUGAAAGAAGUGGACGAACAGAUGCUCAAUAUUCAAAACAAAAAUUCUGGGUACUUCGUCGAAUGGAUUCCGAAUAACUGUAAAACGGCCGUUUGCGAUAUUCCUCCACGCGGAUUGAAAAUGUCGGGUACAUUCAUUGGGAAUUCGACGGCAAUUCAGGAGUUGUUCAAACGUAUUUCGGAGCAAUUUACGGCAAUGUUUCGCCGAAAGGCGUUUUUGCAUUGGUACACGGGCGAGGGAAUGGAUGAAAUGGAAUUCACGGAGGCUGAAAGCAAUAUGAGCGAUUUAAUUUCGGAAUAUCAGCAAUAUCAAGAUGCUAAUGCUGAUGCAGAAGAUGAGGGUGAAUUCGAUGAUGAAGAGGACGUAAAGCCAUAAAUUAUUUGUGUUUUGUCAAUUUCAAGCUACCGUUAAAAUGAAUUCCGAAUAAAAAUUCAUUUUACGAAUCAA